UGCAAAACAAGAGGCUGAGGAUUGCGUUAGCGAUAAACCAGUUCACGCCGGAGCCCAGGGGAGGAAGCUUCUCUGUCUGAUCCGGCCCCUCUGCGGGACUCUGAGGGAAAGCUCCCAUCAGGCAAGAAUCCCCCUUAACCUCUUCUGGUUCGUGGGCCUGCCCUUCCCCCUUCCUUCAGAGCCUUCUCUGGUGUCUCGGCGCCGUGACUCCUGGGGUCCGACCUGGCGAGCUGAAUUUGGGGUACUGGCUGGUAGACGGCGGCUGCCACCAUGGGUAAAGGAGACCCCAACAAGCCGAGGGGCAAAAUGUCCUCGUACGCCUUCUUCGUGCAGACCUGCCGGGAAGAGCACAAGAAGAAACACCCGGACUCUUCCGUCAACUUCGCCGAAUUUUCCAAGAAGUGCUCGGAGAGAUGGAAGACCAUGUCUGCAAAGGAGAAGUCGAAGUUUGAAGAUAUGGCAAAAAGUGACAAAGCUCGCUAUGACAGGGAGAUGAAAAAUUACGUUCCUCCCAAAGGUGAUAAGAAAGGAAAGAAAAAAGAUCCCAACGCUCCUAAGAGACCACCAUCUGCCUUCUUCCUGUUUUGCUCUGAACAUCGCCCAAAGAUCAAAAGUGAACACCCAGGCCUGUCCAUUGGGGAUACUGCAAAAAAACUGGGUGAAAUGUGGUCUGAGCAGUCAGCCAAAGAUAAACAGCCAUAUGAACAGAAAGCAGCUAAGCUAAAGGAGAAAUAUGAGAAGGAUAUUGCUGCAUACCGUGCUAAGGGCAAAAGUGAAGCAGGAAAGAAGGGCCCUGGUAGGCCAACAGGCUCAAAGAAGAAGAGUGAACCAGAAGAUGAAGAGGAAGAGGAAGAAGAGGAGGAUGAUGAAGAUGAUGAGGAAGAGGAGGAGGAUGAAGAAUAAGUGGCUGUCCUGUAAUGAUGUGUGUGGAGUGUGUGUGUGUGCUCAGGCAACUGUUUUGCUAAGAAUGUGAAUUCAAGUGCAGCUCAACAUUAGCUUCAGUAUAAAAACUGUACAGAUUUUUGUAUAGUUGCUAAGAUUCUUUGUAGAGAAAAUACUUUUUUAAAAAUGCAGAUUGUAGCUUUUUGAAGGGCUACUACAUACAGUUAGAUUUUAAAGCUUCUGAUGUUGAAUGUUCCUAAAUAUUUAAUGGUUUCUUUAAUUUCUUGUGUAUGGUAGCACAGCAAACUGAUAGGAAUUAGUAAAUUUUGGGUUUUUUAGGAUGUUGCAUUUUGUUUUUGUUUUUUUUUAAAAAAAUUUGUAAUAAAAUUAUGUAUAUUA